UUUUAUUAACACGAUAAGGAAAAAAAUAAUUUGACAACGUGCGAACUCUAAUGGUUUAACUAAUUUAUAUUGUAUUAUUUGCACACCGCGGCUUUAAUGAUGUCAAUUGCAUAAAUUAACUGUUCUAUAAAAGUGACUACAGCGCAGGCGAUUUUAUUAAAAACGAAAAUAGCAUCAAUUGUGGCAAGAAGGAUGCAGUCUGUAAAUAAAGGAAAUACCGUCCACUCACGUCUUUUAUGUGAUAGAGAAACUUUUAACAGGCUGCUUCCUCUAUUUGCUGGUGGGAUUUCUGCUACAAUCGCCCAGUGCGUUACUUGUCCACUGGAUGUCGUACAGACACGCUUGCAAUCAACCCAACUCAAGUUCUGUGGAUCUUUACCAACAGUCUCUGCUGUGAAUAAACCGGUUUAUAUCCUUCAGUAUUUUCAGACAUUGGCAUCGUAUAUAAAGUAUAUGACGCAAACAGAGGGAUUUAGAUCGCUGUGUAAAGGUUUAGGUCCAGGCUUGUUUGGGAUCGUACCUGCUAAGUCGAUAUAUUUUUAUUGUUACGCAAACUCAAAGAGAAGGCUUAGAAAAGCUUCUGGUAGUGGUAGCGUUUUCAUUCACAGUGCUUCGGCUUGCUUUGCUGGAAUAGUUACAGCUACUGUCACGAAUCCUAUUUGGUAUAUCAAGACACAGUUGCAACUGAACAAAAAAUACGAAGGUAUCUUUGAAGUAAUCAAGAAAGGUUAUAGACUCAACGGCGCGAAAAGUUUCUUUCGUGGGCUAUCCGCAUCUUAUGUUGGAGUUUCAGAAGUAAUUAUCUAUUUCAUACUUUACGAAAAACUAAAAGAGAAUUUGCACCAACAGAAGACAUGUGUAGAUUCUUUUCAACCGUCUAAUUAUAUUCUAGCUGCGCUUACAUCAAAAAUCGUUGCGACUUCUUUAACCUAUCCACACGAAGUCGUGCGAACUAGGUUACGUCAGGAUGAGCGAGAUAUAGCUGGACGAUUAAAAUAUCGAAAUUUUCUUCAAACGUUAGCCACUGUUGGGCGAGAAGAGGGACGAGUUGGUUUGUAUGGCGGCUUUGCAACUGGCUUAGUGCGCCAGUUACCAAGCACAGGCGUGUUAUUUUUAACAUACGAAGCUAUACUUUACUUGGCUAAUCGAGACUAAAUAAAUUAUAAUUACGUGCUCCAUUUUUUACCUUUUCAACUUUGUUGAAAGCUGUUAAAGUUUCUUUCAAAUCUUUUAUCGUACAUAAUUUGUAUAUAUAGUAAUAAUAAUAACACACAAACAUGGUGUAUAAAACUUUGCAGAUAUAUAUUUUUGUUUUGUUUUGUUUAUAAUAUAUUUGAUUGUAAAUAUGGUAAAAAUUAUGACAAUUCGCAUGAACAAAAUGAAAAAGCGCUUAGUUUUCUGUUUUGCAUCAAAUGUUGAACAUUUUGUGUGUUAAAAAUUAAAUU